GUGCACCCAGUAGUCUGCCAACAAGCACUUUCUCUCAGGCCUUGAAGUUUUACCUCUUCAAGCAGCUGCUUGCUUAAGAGAAAUGGAUUGGCCCAAUCCUAUUUUCAUAUUUCUGGGCUUUAUCCUGACUGUUCUGUCUAUUAUGAAAAUUGGGAGUUUCUGGAACAGCAGCAGCAGAGAGGAUUUUCCCCCAGGACCCAGGCCCUUACCUAUCAUUGGAAACCUGCACAUUAUAGACUUGAAAAGACCCUAUCGCACUCUCCUGAAGCUUUCAGAAACCUAUGGCCCCAUCUUCAGCAUUCAGAUGGGAUUCACAAAGAUGGUGGUGCUCUCAGACUACGAGACAGUGAAGGAAGCUCUGGUGAACCAUGCAGAUGCAUUUGCAGAGAGGCCUAAAGUCCCAGUAUUUGAAGACUUUUCAAAUGGAUAUGGUAUUACUUUUUCACAUGGUGAAAACUGGAAAGUGAUGCGGAGAUUUACUCUCACAACCUUAAGAGAUUUUGGAAUGGGCAAGAGGGCCAUUGAAGACCAGAUUGUUGAAGAGUGUGAACAUCUGAUAAAGAGCCUGGAAUCCCGGAAAGGCAAGCCCUUUGAGCCUACUAUAACAAUGAAUGCAGCAGUUGCGAAUAUCAUCAUAUCAAUAUUACUUGGAGAGCGAUUUGACUAUGAAGACCCCCGAUUCAUUAGACUCCUACAUUUGAUCCAUGAAAACGCCAGGCUUCUUGGAUUGCCCUCAGUUCAGAUCUAUAAUUUGUUCCCGGCCCUUGGAUUUCUCCUGAAGGGUCACAAGAUUGUUCUUCGAAACAGAGAUGAGCUGCAUGCUUUUAUAAAGGUUGUUUUCAUAGAACACUUCAAGAAACUGGAUAAAAAUGAUCAGCGAAGUUUUAUUGAUGCCUUCCUUGUAAGACAGCAGGAGGAGAAAAGUGACGCCAAUGUUUAUUUCCACAAUGAUAAUCUAAAAAGCCUUGUAAGCAAUUUGUUUGCUGCUGGCAUGGAGACCACUUAUACCACGCUGCGCUGGGGCAUUCUGCUAAUGAUGAAGUACCCUGAAAUUCAGCAGAAAGUCCAGGAUGAGAUCAUGACAGUUCUAGGAUCAAACCCACCAAGAAUCAAACAUCGAACUAAAAUGCCCUAUACAGAUGCAGUUGUCCAUGAGAUCCAGAGGACUGCUAAUAUCCUGCCACUGAGCGCACCUCAUAUGACUACCGUAGAUGUCACUCUCAAAGGCUACUUCAUUCCAAAGGGAACUUAUAUCAUUCCCUUCCUGGGCUCUGUGCUGAAAGACAAAUCUCAGUGGGAGAAGCCAGAUACUUUCUAUCCUGAGCACUUUCUGGACUCUGAAGGAAAGUUUGUGAAGAAGGAGGCCUUCUUGCCUUUCUCAGCAGGCCGGAGGAUAUGUGCUGGCGAGACUCUUGCCAAAAUGGAGCUCUUCCUCUUCUUCACGAGCCUCCUGCAGAGGUUCACAUUCCAGCCUGCCCCGGGACUUUCCACCUCUGACUUGGACCUCACCCCUGCAGCCGGACUUAGAAGAGCCCCAAUGCCCCAUGAGAUCUGUGCAGUGCCACGGGCCUAAGGCUAAAGGCUUUCCUCCAUGUCUUAGAUGUGCCUGUCUUCAGGCCUCCCCAUAUAUCUUUGCUGGUUUAAUGGAUGCACUUUAUCUGUACGUAUGUUCAGCCCUCUGUGCAACUGCCUGGUGCAGUGAGUUUCACAGGCCUUUGUAUAUGGUUUAACCAAUGCUUUGUUACAUUCCUUUCCUGACUCCUCAGUCUGCAGCUUCCAUGGUGGCACAAGUUCCUCAUGGGAGUACUUCCUUGGGAGCUCCAGCUCUGCAAAUUUUGGAGCACCUCCUGAAUCCAUAUCAGGCAUAGCUUCUAGCAAGGGCAUAUGCCUGUAUCCUUGGACUUGGAGACCCAGCCCUUUGACUCCCCUGCUUAUGCAUGUUCCCUCAGACGGCUACUCUCUGGCUUAGCUUUUGGAGAGAAACACUGUCUCUUUGAAGGGACAGAGUGUUCCCAACAUCAUGAUAGGCAAAGCUGGCAUCUCUUCUUAAACAAAUUACCCAACCUUUAUUAGUCAACCUUUAUUAAUAAGCCUCACUACAUAAGAUAAAUCCCCAGGCAGUCUCUGUCAGGAAAAAACAAACAAACAAAAAAAAACCAGUGCUGGCUGUUCUCUGUCUUUCUAACCUCUGCUUCAUCCAGAGUUAUAAGUGGAGUGGUUCACUAUGUUGAAAUUGUUCUCAGCUUGUUUACAGGUAGCAGUUUGGAUACAAAAGCUGCUGCCCUUUGAAACAUUCCUCUUCUAAAAAGGCUCCAAAUGCAUGUGUCCCCAUAUCCUCCGAAACUUCCCAUCCAGCCUUUCUCUCUCUCUACCCUGGCUCUGGGGCAAGGUACAGACAGUCAAAAAGCCCGAGGCUGAAUUGAUCAGUCUUUGGAGGUUAGCUUAAACUGCACAGACUAAACUGAAACAGAAGUGAACAGACAUUUACCUUUCAUUCAGGAAAAUGCAGUCACAUGCCUGCAGUGGCUCAGGCCAGAAGCCAGGGAAUGCUAGAGCAUGGCUCUGUGGCUGUGUGUUCACUUCCUUUUCCUGCUGUCCUCAAGGUCUCUGGGAUUUGCACUCCAGAAUCAAAACAGUAAGACUCUGCAGAGUUGCUCAUCACAUCCUCUUCCUGCUUCCAGGUGCCUCUCCAAUUUGUAGGCCACAGGUACAGCCAGCAGUCAGUUUAAACAGGGGAAGGGGUGUUUAACCCCCCUCCUUGGUGCCGGACCCCAGCUGGGGUUUGCCUAGGGGGGGCAGUCCUCCCCUUAAACUGGGCUGCCAGAGUAGAUGGGCUUGCCCCCCACAUCCCCUUGUCAGCCAGCCCUGGCUGCUGCAACACAAGCUCAAAAUAUACUUUUUCCUUGUAUGCACAAGGCAAAGAGAGAAGGCAAAGAAAGAAGCUAAGGCAGAGCAGGGACCAUAUUUUCAAAACUUGCUCAUAUCUUUUUUCAUGGCUCCAGUUCUAGCACUGCAGUCUUGGGAACUCCAUAUACAAAGGCUUUUGUAAAAGGAUAUGCAUGUAGCAUAUUUUAAUUAAAAGAUUUACAGCUUCAGUAGUGAAAACCAUCAGUACGAACCUAAAAUUUGCACUUCUUGUUCCUUACCAACCUUUUCAAAACAAUGUUCAUUCAUCUCUGAUUUAAAGAAACAGCAUCUUUUUAUCACAUAAGAUCUCAAAAAUAGUGUAUCUAGCACAUUAAUCAAUAUACCUCAUCAGUACAAAGAAUGUGAUGUGUUUUAAAGUACUGCUCAUAAUGAAUGGAGAAGGGGGGCUAAUGGCAGCUAUGUGUUCUUCUAAAAGUGAUUCUGUGAAAUUAAAAUAGAAAGACAACCUGUGAUAUAACAAGACCUCUCAGUCUGCUUUGGAUA